CACGUUCAUAAGCUCCUCUUUAGCAUCCAUAUUAUACGUCCCAAGAGCAAACUGAGUGAUCAGACAAGUUCCGCUUUGUGAGCCACUCAAAGCUUAUACACAGCACCCAUGCAGCCCACGCGCUUUCCCCCUGAGGUUCUUUCCGAGAUCUUUAUGGAAUGUCUUGACUUUCCACCAUGGAUAGAUCAUGACGGACCUAUUCCUAACGCUCCUGUUGAUGCGCCUUUUCUACUCACAAGAAUAUGUCGCCACUGGCGCGCAGUAGCAAUGUCAACCCCUCGUCUUUGGACCAACAUGUUCUUACCCGACCUUCCUAACACCCGCAGGAAAUGCAAGCUUCUAUUUUCCCAGGUCGCGAUCUGGUUGUCACUGUCCAAAUCCCUUCCCCUCUCGUUUGUCCUGCGUUUUGAUUCUAAUUUUUGCUCUCGCGACAUGACUGCUCGGUAUCUUGCGCUGCUUUUCAAAGAGAUACAUCGUUGGGAAUCAGUGCAGAUAGUACUGGGUCUCGGCGCGAUUAGCUGGAUGCCUGUCGUCCAGCCCGGAUCCAUGAAUCUCCUCGAAGACUUCUACUUCGAUGGCGCCACAGACCACACAAGCACAGACGUUCCGACAAUCAUGACUUCUCUUGCAUCAGCGCCGCUCCUGAGUAACGUCGAGAUCGUACAUGAUCAGUCGCACAAAUGGGUAUUGCCUUGGGCCAACCUGACAGUGCUCAAUUUGGUCAUUGAGGCUGAAGACAUAUCAGCUGACACACUCGAGGGUCUAUGCGACAAUUUGCACGAGUGCGUGAACCUCUCUGACUUGGAACUUGCAUUCCAGUAUGGAUUUACUGGCGAGGUCCGCCCACCGACAUCGGACGUCGUGCUUUCGACACUUGACUACCUGGCCUUGAAAUGCAACGGCACGGAUGUGAUUGAGUCCCUCAUGCACACGCUCGUCACUCCACGAUUGAGCUACCUUUCGCUUGAAUGCUUGAAUCGAAGAUGGUACCCUGAACCUUCCGCUACUCUAGGUUACAGUAUCCUAGCUUUUUUGAAAGAGAGCGGGGGCGCUAUCGAAACAUUGAGACUCACCGAUAUGUGCAUCCUCCCUAGGGAGAUCGUGUCAUGUCUAUCGCUGCUCCCGAACCUCAAGGGACUCCACCUCUUUCACGAACGCGUUGACACGGAAGUUCUCGAAGCGCUUACUCUUCGCUUCGACGACGAAGGGCACUUGAUCUUCGGGAAUAACCUCCACCUCAAGGUUAUAUCGUGCUUGACUGCAGGAAUAUUCAGUUUCAGCGACGCGUUGCCUCAGCUGCCCUUCUCUAUGAGGCACCCUCUUGGCGAUGGCGACUGCACUAAUACUCCGCAGUUAAUCACUUUUCUGGACAAUCAGCCACCGCGCGAGGACUUAACCACGGAGAAGCUCUCUGCGUGGUUCAGCGAAGUCUCGAACCCUGCCUUUUGCAGGAGUUUUGCCCGCAUGAUCGAGUCGCGCUGGUUGCUUCCCCCUCAUUCCAAGGUUCAGCAGCUUCAGACGUUUGGAUUUGUGCACUUCGACUUGCACAUCCUCGAGCGGAUGUUCCCCGAGGGGUAUGUUGCUGUAAUGAGAUGUUGGAACCAAGGAUUGAAUUUGAAUGUCUGGAGCUCGCUCACGAGGAUGGAGUAUUGGCGUUCGAUUAUGCAUAUGUAGGAUAUAAGCCUGCGUCUAGCUGUCUUCAUGAUGAGAAUAAUGUGUUUAAUGCCACCUUUCGCACGAGCAC